AUGUCGGGAGCUUUAAGGAAAAUAUUGUCCUCCCGAGGAGUUUCUCCUGCGCUGGGUGUUCGUAUAAUUGCAUCCCGGGCUUACUCCUCUCCGGCGGGAACAAAGCAGAUGACAGUGCGUGAUGCUUUGAAUUCUGCUUUGGAUGAGGAAAUGUCUGCUGAUCCUAAUGUAUUUUUAAUGGGUGAAGAGGUUGGUGAAUAUCAAGGCGCAUACAAGAUUUCUAAAGGACUUUUGGAAAAGUAUGGUCCUAAGAGGGUGAUUGAUACUCCUAUCACAGAGGCUGGUUUUACUGGAAUGGCAGUUGGUGCGGCUUACCAUGGUCUAAGGCCUAUUGUAGAGUUUAUGACCUUCAACUUUUCAAUGCAGGCGAUUGACCAUAUCAUCAAUUCUGCUGCGAAGUCUAAUUACAUGUCAGCUGGUCAAAUAUCAGUCCCUAUUGUCUUCAGAGGUCCUAAUGGAGCAGCUGCUGGAGUUGGUGCUCAACAUUCCCAAUGCUAUGCAGCAUGGUAUAGUUCAUGUCCGGGUUUGAAAGUACUGUCUCCAUAUUCAGCAGAGGAUGCUCGUGGCCUGUUGAAAGCCGCCAUUAGGGACCCAGAUCCUGUUGUCUUCCUUGAAAAUGAGUUGCUGUAUGGUGAGUCUUUCCCUAUAUCAGAAGAGGCUCUGGAUUCAAGUUUUGUUCUUCCAAUUGGGAAAGCUAAGAUAGAACAAGAAGGAAAGGAUGUCACUAUUACCGCUUUCUCAAAAAUGGUUGGCUAUGCUCUUAAGGCUGCUGAAAUUCUGGCAAAGGACGGAAUUAGUGCAGAGGUCAUAAAUUUGCGGUCUAUCCGUCCACUAGAUAGGGCUACAAUCAAUGCUUCUGUUAGGAAAACUAACCGGCUUGUCACAGUUGAGGAGGGGUUCCCACAACAUGGUGUUGGAGCCGAGAUUUGUGCUUCCAUUGUUGAAGAUAGUUUUGACUAUCUCGAUGCUCCUGUUGAAAGAAUUGCAGGGGCUGAUGUUCCCAUGCCUUAUGCCGCAAAUCUUGAGAGAUUGGCUGUCCCACAGAUUGAAGAUAUUGUUCGUGCAGCAAAAAGAGCUUGCUACAGAUCAGUUCCAAUGGCCGCUACUGCUUGA